AUUGCAUUCUUGCAUUCAUGAAAUGUAAAAUUAUCACCAUGAAUUUAGUUUAGCAAAAACCAUAUUUGUUUAUUUAUCAGAUGCCUUUAUCCAAGACGACUUACAGAGACUAGGGUGUGUGAACUAUGCAUCAGCUGCAGAGUCACUUACAACUACGUCUCACCCGAAAGACGGAGCACAAGGAGGUGAAGUGACUUGCUCAGGGUCACACAAUGAGUCAGUGGCUGAGGUGGGAUUUGAAUCUGGGACCUUCUAGUUACAAGCAUUUUUAUUUAACCACUGGACCACACAGCCUCCAUAUGGUGACACUUUACAUUAGGUUACAGUUUGAAUGUACUUAACUUUGAAAUCUUUUUGCACGAUAUAGGUCAGUACACAAUGUUAUCAGAAAAGGGUUAGGGACACACAAGGUUAUUUCAUGCAAAAAAAUUCACUCAUGAAGUCCAUCGUAACUCUACAUAAUAACAUUGUAAUGAUGAGUAAGGACACAUGUAUUUACUAAGUAACCGCUAUGCAAACACAGUCAUUAGAGACACUGCCUGGAAAGUUACCAAGCUGCUGCUUAUUAACGUUUAUAAAUGUGUAAUAACUGGUAUAGAGUGUUAAUAAAGCAUUGUAGAUGCACUAGCCAUAGACUCAAUUGCGUUUCAACAUCCCAAAGUAGAAUAGGUGGCUAUAAACUGUCCCCUUUAUAAAACUGGAAUUCAGUCUAUGGCUAUUGCGUGGUUAUAAAUCACCCAUAAUCUGUUAUUAACAAUGUAUAACAUAGUUAUUAAGCAUCUAUUAUAUAGUUAUACAAUGUUUAUAAAACAUUAAUAAGCAGCACCUUAAUAUAAUUUACAGCUCUGGCCAAAAGGGUUGCAUCAGCUAGAAUGUUAUGAUAUUGAGACAUAAUUUAAAAAAAACAACUAUACAAAACAUAAUUUUGAUAUUUUAUGUAACAUCAUGCAAGAUAAGAAACAACAAAAUGAUAUGGCAACAGUCGACCAGAAACUACAAGAGUGGUACAGUAUUUCGUGUUAGAUUUUGAAAUGUCACAUUUUUUCAAUUUUUGGAAAACUCCAAAGCGGUGUGAAAUUCAAUAUGUUAACAAGGGAACAUUAUUCAGCAGCUUUCAUUGGACUCUGUGAAGCUGAGGGAGUUCAUUCUAUAUAGAGGGGGUGGAAUUCAAUAUGUUAACAAGGGAACAUUAUUCAGCAGCUUUUCAUUCUCAUGUAUGAUGCAAAAGGAGUUCAUUCUAAUGGUUAAGGCUGAACUUUUGGUCAGAGAUGCUAUUCGAAGGGUUAAUGUCUCAAUAAGCUAGCUGGAAAUUAUGAUGAGAAUCAUUAAAUUCAUAAAGUGGAAGAACUCCUUCCUUAUGAGUUCCUAUGAAGAUACAUGCUUGUGAGCGUAUAAACCCAGAACCACAAACACUGCCCCCCCAUAUACAACAGAAAACACACACACACACACUGGCACACACACUGGUUCAGUCGCUAGACGUGGUUUUUGAUAUUUUAGGGGAAUUGCAUUGAAUAAACAGGAAAUGAAAUACAGCGACGCCUCUGCUGACACACCAGGCUCAUGAUAUGCGGUUAAAAUGUUUAGAAAAAAAGAAGACUUUUAGCAAACUUCUAUUAAACGCAUAGCCAUUUCAACAACGCUGAACCGCGAGAUGUCCGGACUUUCCCGAGCGCUUUGUUCAAAUUCCAUGCGACCGAUUUUCAUUGUGCUUUCUGGUUUGCUGGUGGCCAGUUCAGUAUCUGCUGAUCCAGUCGUGAAUGGGACUGUUGGAGAGUCCGUUGUCUUGCUCGCUGUGUUCUCUCAACAAUCAGACAUUACUGGAGUGGAAUGGAGUUUCGGUACAGAUGUCAUUGCUAAUGAAGGAAAUAUUAAUGGAACUAAGCAGUUCAAAGAUAGGGUGCAUCUGAACAGAAGAGACUGGUCUUUAACAAUCAAUCUGCUCAGAGCUGAAGACAGUGGAGAAUAUAAACGUGUUGUUGAAACAGCUACUGGUCAGCUCCCAACACACGCGGUUACUCUUCAAGUUUAUGAAAAGAUCGAGUCAAAGGUCACGAGGAAACCAUCGAAUGAAACCUGCCGUGCGACGCUGCACUGCACCACGAACCAACGAGAACACGUCUCCUACCGCUGGAAGAGAGGGGACCAGGAUUUACCUGAGCAUGCUGGGAUACUGGAGGUGUCCUUGAACCCUGGAGAGAUUAAUGUUAUCUUCACCUGCGUCGCUUCUAAUCCAGUCAGUGAGGCAGCAGCGUCUAUCUGGGAGAGCUGUGCAGAGUCCCCGGGGGGUGUUUCGUUCUGUGUGUUGAAGUCGGUCCUUCUCUCCCUGGGUCUGGUUCUGAUGAUCUCUGCUGUGAUCGGAGUCCAUGUGAGGGAUUGCAUGCAUACAAAAAGAAAUGUGCGGCGGCAUCGAGCAGCAUGUGAGACUUAAAGGAAGCAGAGACCGGUUUAGCCUCCUGCACUGAGAGAGGACUGCAGACCCGCAGAGCGGCUGAAUGCAAACCUGCACUGAGAAAGGACUGCAGACCCGCAUCAUGGCUGAAUUUUAUUUCCUUAAAAUUUUCCAUAUAUAUAUAUCAGUGUGGAGUAGUGGUGAGGGCUGGACUCUUGACCGGAGGGUCGUGGGUUCAAUCCCAGGUGGGGGACACUGCUGCUGUACCCUUGAGCAAGGUACUUUACCUAGAUUGCUCCAGUAAAAAACCCAACUGUAUAAAUAGGUAACUGUAUGUAAAAAUAAUGUAAUUGUAUGUAAAAAUAAUGUGAUAUCUUGUAACAAUUGUAAGUCGCCCUGGAUAAGGGCGUCUGCUAAGAAAUAAAUAAUAAUAA